AGGGCCGAGCCCAGUUCCAACUCAGCAAACCAUCCGUCUCUGUCUCUUCUCCCGGUUCAGUCCAUUUCAAACACGAACCCGAAAAGGAGCGGCCGAUUGAGCCAACCCAACCCAACCCACCCGCCUCGCCGCCGGCGGUCGCCGGAGAUGUCAUGGCUCGCCCGCUCCCUCGCUACCUCCCUCAACAUCCCUGACGGCUCCAGCGCCGACGACGACCCCGACGCCGCCGUUGCCACCCCAUUUCCCUCUUCCUCCGCGCUCAUCCCGCCGCCGCCGCCGCUUCCUCCCCAUCCGCUGCAUUCGGCCGCGGCGGAGGGCGUCAAGGAGGACCUUACUGAGCUAUCCAAAACCCUGACGCGCCAGUUUUGGGGCGUCGCCAACUUCCUCGCGCCACCGCCGGGGGAGGCCUCGACCUCCUCCUCGCCUCCGUCGGCGGGGGACCAAUCCGGCGCUGCGGAGACGCCGCCUGAGAUUGCCGGGAUCCGGAGCGACUUAUCGGAGAUCGGCGGGAGGUUCAGGAGCGGGAUCUCCCGGAUCUCAAGUCAAAAGGCCGUGUCUGGGUUUUCUAGGAUGGCCUCCAAUUUCUUCGCUCCUGAAGACGACGAGGAGAACGAGUGGGAGGAAGAGCAGAGACGAGAGAUUAGGUAUGAGAUGGGGGAGGAGGGGGUAAGACAUGAGGUGCAGGGCGACGAGGUGUGGCAUGAGUGGGAGGAGAGGGCAAGACUUGAGGUCGACGACGGCGAGGUAAGGCACGAGUUGGUCCAUGGCCACGAGUUGGAGGUGGAGAGGGUAAGGCAUGAAGAGGACGGCGAAUUGGUGGAGCAUAUAGUAAGGCAUGGGGAGAAUGGCAAAUUGGAGUUUAGAGUAAGGCAUCAGGAGGGUGGUGAAUUGGAGGAGAGAGUAAGGCAUGAAGAAGAGGAAGUGGAGGACUGGGAUGUGAUUGGUAUCACCGAGGAGGUGCUUGCAUUCGCCCAAAACAUUGCCAGGCACCCAGAGACCUGGCUCGACUUCCCGCUGCUCCCUGACGAUGACGAGUCUGAUGGACCAUUCUCAUAUUUUGACAUGUCUGAUGCUCAACAAGAACAUGCCUUGGCUAUUGAGAACCUUGCUCCCAGAUUAGCAGCUUUGCGGAUUGAAUUAUGUCCAAUCCAUAUGCGCGAAGAAUGCUUUUGGAAAAUUUACUUUGUUCUUCUACAUCCUAGACUGAAUAAGCAUGACGCUGAACUUCUGUCAACACCACAGAUCGUGGAAGCUAGAGCAAUGCUUAUGCAACGUUUGCAGUGCCAGUCAAAGCUCGAAACAGAACAGCUAUGUCAUAAUAAGGAUGAUCUUGGAGUUCAGUCAGGAGAGGACACCUUAAAAGCUCGUACAGAGGCAUUCCCAUCUGCGCGACAGGAAGCUGCUUCUGUCGUACCCAUAACAGAAUUUGAGAUUGAAAAGCAUCCUAUCCAUGUAACUGAAGUUGCAGUAGUGGACAAAUCGGUCAUCAAAGAGCAGCUCACCAAGGUUCAUACCGAGACCUCAAAUGUCUUGCAAGAGACAUUCGAUGACGACAUAGACGAUUGGUUUGAUGAGGCCGAUCUUGCUGGGCACACCACUAUCCACAUAGGUGAUGAGGAAGAUGUGUCUUUUAGUGACUUGGAGGAUGAUGAUGUGAAAUGAUUUAGUUCCAAGCGAACUUCAACCUGUGUAAUGAAAAACUGGACUUUCUACUGUACAAGAAAAUGGAGAGGUGUAAGUUGUUUGUCAAAGGAAUAGGCUGUACAAUGGGAACAGAGAGCUGCUUUAUUGUGCUUCCAAGCUGCCGGGGUGAACACACUGUAAUCGUUCGCUCAAGAAUAAGUCUGCUUCCAAGUUGUUCGUCAAAGGAAUAGGCUGUACAGUGGGAACAGAGAGCGGGGCUUCUACGUUCCACCAGCAUUACGGUUUGUAAUUUUGUUCAUACUCUUGUAGUCUUGUGUACAUAAGCAUUCGUGAUGUUACAACUUUACAAUAAUUAAGUUUCAUUCUUUGGUUGGUU